UGUCAGGAUUAACACGGGCCACCUAGCUUUACCAAACGCCGAUAACGUGUGUUACACAUAAUUGCCUUGGUUUGACCGCUUCUGCAAAACCUUACGGACAGUCGAGUUGAUGCACCAAUCGUUUGGCGACAAUUUGACCUUCAAGUGCUCAGUAACCUCCAUCAAUGGACGAUGCAACUGGUAGUGGUGCACGUGCUAUCGCCAUUUGUUAUCGAUUGCUUUCACUGUUGAAUUCGAGUGCAUCCUAUUCGCUUACAAGAUCAUUUGCUAACCUUCCAUAUCAUUCCUUUUCUACCAGAUUUACUCUCUACUCUGCUCACUUUUUCAACUCAACAUACUUUCAGCAUAGACUCGAAGCGCUGCACAAAUGCUUACUGCCUGCAGAGAGGUUUAUUUAUCUCUAAAACACUCAUUCAUAAGCUGGAAUUUAAGAAAUGGUAUUGUUAACGAGACUUCUCUACCUGAUGUUGUGAUUGAUUCAGAAUUUGGCAGACGAGUUCCUACUAUCUCACUCUUGACGGUUUCUUCGAAGGGUUCAUACCUGUCUGCUGCAGAUAACCUAAAGCGGCUGUUUCUUUAUGUUAAUGAAAAUGACCACUGGUUAUUGGUUUCACAAUUGAAGCUGCGCAAACAGGUAUCGUGUCUUUUUUUUUCUCCAAGUGAAAAAGCACUACUUGUUGGAGACAAGUCGGGAGAUGUUUUCAAACUCACUCUGUGUCCGGAGAAGCCCAUUCACGAUACAGAUUUGACUCUUCUUUGCGGACAUUUCUCAAUACUUAGUCACAUGGCUAUUUCGGAGGAUGAAAUGUACUUGGCGUCUUGUGAUCGUGAUGAAAAGAUACGGAUUAGUCGAUUUUCUGAACCCUAUGUUAUCCAAUCAUUUUGUCUUGGUCAUAAAUCGUUCGUUUCUCAGCUUGGAUUUAUUCCCGACACUCGAUAUUUAAUCUCAACAGGAGGAGAUGGAUAUAUAAGUAUUUGGAAUUGUGAGUCGGGUCACUGUCUGUCAUCGUAUUAUGUUUCAAAAAGUGAACUCCAACCUCUCUCAGUUUCUACGGAUUCGCAGUUCAAUUUUAAGUCGGAAGCUGUUGUUUCUAGGUUUUAUUUUAUCAAAGAUGUUGUCGUUUGUUGUUUUUUAUCCAACCCAGUACUGAUGGCGUUUCAUAUUCAUAUAAAUGAAGACGAAGUUGUCUCUUGGGGAUCGAAAGCUUUUACUUCCACAGAGGAUAAAAUGCCAUUUACGGAUAUAGCUCUAUGUUCAAAUGAUAAUCGUAUUAUUGGACUGUGUUCUACUGUGACUAGUGUUUGUCUCUACUCUUGGAAAUUGAUUAUUCAAUACAAUACUUGCCAACCAUCUUGCUCUGUCAAAUGGGAUGUUCCUCAAAUUGUUGAUUGUAUAUCAAACAGCUUUCUUCUACAAGUUCCAGAACAAAUGUAAAGAAAAACUCUGUGUGUGUGUGUGGUUAACAUAAUGCCAAAUAAACGAUAGUAUUAUCUUCAUUCAAAUUGGAUUUUCCAAAGAUUCAUUCUGUAGACGAAUAAUUUAUUGUUCCUAAAUAAAAUAGUUGCCCUUUUUCUUUCACAUUAAUGUGUUUAAUUGUGGUAUUUGUACGAACUAAUGAUUCUUUUAAUUACUUGAUUCCAUUUGAUUACAAAUUCCAUAUAUAAUACAUUGGUUUGUGCCCUUAUCUAGUUCUACCUGCCUUAACUUGCACCAUUUCGGGAAUUCUUAGUUAGUACAUAAUCAUAUUGUUGCAAGUACAAUCAAUUUUAUAUGGGAUAGAAUAAGUAGCUAUUGUAAUUAUGUACUUUUAACUAAACAUUAGACUAAAUGAACAGUAGUAAACAUGUUCAGUUAUUCAAAUGAAUGAAAAAGAAUACUAUUGAAUAGUUUAAUAGGUUAACUUUUCCUUAAAAUAUAACAACAACAACAGUUUAUACUUUAUUGCAUAUCGAUUCAUCGACUUUGAAAAAUAGUUUUAAAAAGUUAACUUAUUCUUACGAAGAAUUAGCUUUUGAUUGAGAUCAUGAACCUGGAAGCACUGGACGGCCAUUUCGUCCUAUUGUGAAACUCCUC